AAGGAUGGCAUCCAUGCCAAAAAUCCAGAUAGAAGAAAUGCUGGAUAGUGUGGAUGAUAAGGCUGAAGGUGGCCCUCCAUUUGAUGAUCAUCUGCGGAAUCUGAAAGCCUUGACAGAGAAACUGAGGCUGGAGACAAGGAGGCCUUCUUAUUUGGAGUGGAAAGCUCAGUUGGAGGGGCUGACAUGGAAGAGCCAUCCCAAACCUUCUGAGGAGGACAUGGGGAGGCAAGAGAAGAAACCAGCAGAGGAAAACAUUUCUUUGAGAGAGGUGCAUGUUCAUAUCAAUGGAAAUUCUUCCAGACAGCAGAUGUUGCUUGCCCCAGAGAAAGUUUGUGGCUUUGGAAACAUGGAUGAAGCAUUAAAUUGGCUCAGGAAAGAGCUGGUAGAAAUGCGUCUCCAGGACCAGCAGCUGGCUCGGCAGCUCAUGCACCUGCGCAGCGAUAUCAACAAACUCAAGAUUGAGCAGACGUGCCACCUCCACCGGCGGAUGCUGAAUGAUGCCACCUACGAGCUGGAAGAGAGGGACGAGCUCUCUGACCUCCUCUGUGAUUGCCCCCUCACGUCCUCCUUCAGCCUCUCCACUCCACUCAAGCUCAUUGGUGUGACAAAAAUGAACAUCAAUUCCCGCCGCUUCUCACUUUGUUAGGAUGGGGGUGGGGAGGCAGAAUGGGCACAGGAAGUGCAUG